AGGCAUGAAGCUAUUAUUUUUUCAUGUGAUAAUAUUCAUGUUCGACUCCUUCACUGAGGCGUCACACAAUAUCACCGCAGGCUGUGCUAUCAUUCGUCCGCCCAGAGAUGGAGGGAUACGAUACAGAGGCCUGACUCAAGAACAGAUCCACAGUGUUCAGGUCUUACCAGUGGACUAUGAGAUUGAGUACAUCUGCAGGGGGAACAGGGUCAUCGUGGGGCCUAAGGUCAGGAAAUGCCUUCCUGACGGCACCUGGACUGAUCUCAGCCAGCGCAGCAAGUGCUUGCUGCCAUGUGAGCAGGUGUGGACGUCUCUGGAGAACGGCCGUGUAGUGGUGUCUCCUCCCGGGCCGGCAGUGGAGGGCACCGUGCUGAGAUACAGCUGCCUGAGCAGCUUCAUACUUGAGGGCAGGAACACGACGCAGUGCACCAAACAGGGCACGUGGGACUCGCCCAAACCCACCUGCCGCUACAACAGACACCACACAGGAAAGAAGAAGCUCUACAUCGGCGCCUUGUUCCCCAUGAGCGGAGGAUGGCCCGGGGGUCAAGCGUGCCUCCCUUCCGCUCAGAUGGCGCUGGACUUGGUGAACAAGAGGACGGACAUUCUGCCGGACUACGAGCUCGAGCUGAUCUACUACGAUAGCAGGUGCGACCCUGGGGAAGCCACUAAAUUGCUAUACGACUUGCUCUACACGGAGCCUAUAAAAAUCGUGCUGAUGCCCGGGUGUAGCUCAGUGUCCACGCUGGUGGCUGAGGCGGCUCGUAUGUGGAACCUCAUAGUGCUCUCGUACGGCUCCAGCUCUCCGGCUCUGUCCAACCGGCGGCGGUUCCCCACGUUCUUCCGCACGCACCCGUCUGCCACGCUGCACAACCCCACGCGCGUGCAGCUCUUCCAGAAGUGGAAGUGGACCAAGAUCGCCACCAUCCAGCAGACCACGGAGGUCUUCACUUCCACGUUGGAUGAUUUGGAGCAGAGAGUGAAGGAGGCCGGAAUCGAGAUCAGCGUGAGGCAGAGUUUCCUCACCGACCCUGCCGUGGCUGUCAAGAACCUGAAGCGCCAGGAUGCUCGGAUCAUCGUGGGGCUGUUCUAUGAGACGGAGGCCCGGAAAGUCUUCUGUGAGGUCUAUAAGGAUAAGCUGUAUGGGAAGAAGUACGUCUGGUUCCUGAUUGGCUGGUACGCCGACAACUGGUUCAAGAUUAAAGACCCGUCGAUCAACUGCACCGUGGAGCAGAUGACCGAGGCGGUGGAAGGCCACGUUACCACGGAGAUCGUCAUGCUCAACCCCGAGACGGUUCGAGGAGCCUCCAAUCUGACCUCGCAGGAAUUCCUGACCCAGCUGAUGUCUAAGCUGGGAGGGAAGAACCCGGAAGAAACAGGAGGUUUCCAGGAAGCACCGCUCGCCUAUGACGCAGUGUGGGCUCUCGCUCUGGCACUCAAUAAGACCGUCGGGCCAUUAAGGGCCAGAGGCCGCAGGCUGGAGGACUUUAACUACAACAACAAGGACAUCACUGCUGAGAUUUACCGCGCCCUCAACACCAGCUCAUUCGAGGGAGUCUCUGGUCACGUUGUGUUUGACGCCCAGGGAUCGAGAAUGGCCUGGACUCUGAUUGAGCAACUGCAAGGAGGGAGCUAUAAGAAGAUCGGAUAUUAUGAUAUGACCAAAGGCAAUCUCUCCUGGUACGGGAACGACAAGUGGAUAGGCCCUGGUCCUCCGGCGGAUCAGACGGUGGUGAUUCGGAAGUUCAGAUUCCUGUCUCAGAAGCUCUUUGUGUCCGUGUCGGUGUUUGCUGGACUGGGCAUCUUACUGGGCAUCGUGUGCCUCACGUUCAAUAUUUACAACAGCAACGUCAGGUACAUUCAGAACUCGCAGCCGUACCUGAACAACAUGACGGCCGUGGGCUGUAUGAUGGCUCUGGCUGCCGUGUUUCCUCUGGGGAUCGAUGGGCUUCACGUCCGUCGCUCUCAAUUUCCUGUAGUGUGCCAGUUUCGUUUGUGGCUGCUCGGGCUCGGCUUCAGUCUGGCCUACGGCAGCAUGUUCACGAAGAUCUGGUGGGUGCACACGGUUUUCACCAAGAAGGAUGAGAAGAAAGACAAGCGAAAGCAGCAUCUGGAGCCAUGGAAGCUCUACGCUACGGUCGGUGUACUUCUGGUUAUUGACGUCCUGUCCCUCAUGAUCUGGCAGAUCGUGGAUCCGCUGCACAUCACAGAGGAGAAGUUCACGAGAGAGGCGCCUAAAGAAGACUUAGACGUGUUGAUCGAGCCACUGCUCGAGCACUGCAGCUCCGAGAAGAUGAAUACAUGGCUGGGGGUGGUUUAUGGCUACAAGGGCUUAUUGUUGCUGCUUGGCAUCUUCCUCGCCUACGAGACCAAAUCUAUCUCUACAGAGAAGAUAAAUGACCACCGAGCCGUGGGAAUGGCCAUCUAUAAUGUCUCCGUUUUGUGCAUGAUUACAGCUCCUGUCACCAUGAUCCUGUCCUCCAAGCAGGACGCUUCUUUCGCGUUCGCCUCUCUCGCCAUCGUGUUCUCCGUCUACAUCACUCUAGUCGUGCUCUUCGUCCCCAAGAUGCGAAGGUUAAUCACACGUGGCGAGUGGCAGUCCGAUCAGCAGGAGACCAUGAAGACCGGCUCGUCCACUAAUAACAACGACGAAGAAAAAUCCCGCCAGCUGGAGCGAGAGAACAAAGAGCUGCAGAAGAUCAUCCAAGAGAAAGAAGAGCGCGUGUCCGAACUGAGGAACCAGCUCUCGGAGCGGCAAGCCUUGCGCUCCCGAAGACGUCCGUCGUCCACCAACCUGAAUCACAGCAUCCCUUCUCUUCCAAUCACUCACACUGACCCCAAAUCUCUCCUACCUCCACCAGGAUACCCUCUUCCCAUCUCGGACAAUCAUUCUCUUCCUCCGACCUUCUCCAACUCUACCAGCGUUUACCAGCCGGACGGCAAGAUCAGCCGCAACAACUGCCACGCCAGCCGCCUGCAGCUCCUCUACAAGUGAGGCAACAAAAGCUCAAGGAACGUGGCGGGAAGAAGACCUGAACUAAAAGGGGGAAGGGGCACGACUUUGUUCAUCAUCUACCUGUUUCCUUGUCUUAUACCUUGGUGUUCGUUCCCUCAUUCUGAAACAUCUAGGUGGAGAAACAUGCAGCUAGACCUCAUCACAUCAUGUCAAAGUUGCUCUCAUUGGAGCUGCAUUUGCAGUGGUAUGGGACUAUUCCUUCUCUGAGAAAGGCUAUCUCUGGGUGACUUGCAAAAGAUGUGUAGCCUUCCUCGGAAAAGAUUCAGAGAGUGGAUCAUAAAUCCCUAAUAUGAGGUAUCUGGUAUCUUAAAUGGUUUCCAUCUCCAUAGCUGAGCUAUCUGAUCACUUAGCAUGUCUCGGCAUGUUCUAAUAGAGCUGGAAAGUGCUUUUCUUUUAUGUAGGAAAUGUAAGAGGUGGGUCUGAAUUGGUGUUGCAUCUUCCUGAACAAUAAUUAUUAUAGUCUCACCCACCCCCACCCCCCCCCCCUCCAGCCCCCCGCCCCCAAUCUUAAACCUUAAGGCUUUUUUCCCCACCGGACGUAGUACAAGGGAAAUCCGUCAAUUUCGCAACCGUGUUCGUUUACCAUGACAUCAUUGCUCAUCCCCUGGGGCGUGCAGCUAGAAGUGUUGCAUAAUUAACCCGUGAAAAGCAUUUACCUGCUCUUUGUUGCGUUCUUCCACACAACGGGUGUUUCUUUUGCUUCUGGCUAUUUUCAAGUUGAGCAGGAGGUGGCAGAGCUGUUCUGAUCUGAACUUUCGGGUGGAUCCAUCGCUUUAAGGAGUAAUGGUCAAACAUAAUAAGCAUUAUGUUGGUGGAGUGUGUUUAAUGACCUUGCUGGUCUUCAGCGGGUGAGCAAGGCGUCGUCAGGAUCGUGGCGUUUUAUCCUCUUAUUAUACGCACCUUGAAGUUGUCAAGCACAGUGUUACGAAGCACCAUCGCACACCCUGACCCUGGAACCGGGUUCUGUUUAAGAGAAAUUAAAAACCCGAAGGUAUUUUCACCUCCCGAGCAUGUUUUGUUUUCUUUCAAGGCCUGAUCUGAACAGAUGCUCAGAAAUGACGUGCACGGGUCGCUCGGCCUCCCACAGUUUAGUGCAGUAAAUGUUGCAGCGUUUGCAGAUAUUGCAUUGUUGCGUGUUCAAAAGCCUGUCGCUUUAGACUGCAAGUGUGUGAUUUGAUUGAUUUUUUUUUUUUUUUUUUUUAGCUCAACUUGUAUCCGACCCACAGAUUUAGAUUUAAUCUACGAGCCGCUAUAAUCCAGUUAGCUUCUUAACGACACUUGCAUAGAAGCGUAUUCCUGUCAUGCAGUCCAGCGAUGUUUUAAAGUUGUUAUAUAUUAUAAACCCCCCCCCCCCCGAAAGCCCUUAUAGUUCAGUGAAGAGAGGGGAUUGCUGUAGAAUGCAUCACAUGAGUCACAAAACAACACCCCCCCCACACACACACACUUCUUUCUGUCACGUCUUACAGUUUCCUCUCAGAACAAAUCCUAGACUUGUGGUUUCAUACUGGCUUUUGAUGAAAAAACCCAGGGUGGAGGUACUUUUUCUGAGCAAGCUCUUACCUGUUCUGUUCUGUCUCCUUGCAUUGUGCAGUCUUUCUAAGUAUGUGCGAGGUGGGGUGUCAUUCUUUUGAAAUACCAGCUUGGAUCCACGGCCUGUGUGACUUUUAACUUGACUCACGGCCUUUGAUUCGCCACAGAAUCGGUUCCUGAAAGGAUUCUGUGCAAGACGCAGCACGGUGUUAUUUAUCUGUUUACAUGAAAAAGCUUGUGACUAAGGCACAUAAACAGGAAAUUUGAUUUUUAUACUUUAUUAUCUCCCACUCAUUCUUAGAUGGCAGCAUUUCUGGCAUCUUCAAAGCCGAUCGACAAGAAACUCCAGCUAUAAUCGUCCAGACGUCGCACAUGCGAAGUGUGUACCUGUUAACUGUAUUCUCUUGCACAUACGGUAUAAAGUGUGUACGGUAAAUCGUAUUCCCAUGUGGUAUUGAAAGUAUAUUUAUAUUCACCAUUAUAGACUUCAGAUGUUCACAUUCUGUCAGAUGCAACAGAAUUGGUGUCUAUGGAUAAAUAAAGAGAAUUGUUUUUCUACUAUA